AUGUUCCAGGCAGCAGUCUCACUUUCUCAACAAUAUAAUAUAACAAUCGAAGGACAAUCCAUAGGAUGGCAAGCGGUACAAACUGGUGGCAGUCCAAUUGAUGCUGUUAGUGGUGUAUGUGAAGUAUUAUCUAUUUCUAACAUUUUUGGUAUUGUGGGUCCAUCAUUAUCAAGAGAAAGUCCUAUUAUAGCUGAAUUUGCUAAAAAAGUUGGUAUUCCUGCUGUAACAUAUUCAGCAACUGAUCCCACUUUGUCUAAUCGAAACUUAUACCCUACUUUUUAUCGUACACUUCCUUCAGAUAGUGCUGCUGCAAUAGCAAUUGCAAAACUAUUUCUUCAAUUUAAAUGGACUUCAUGCAUACUGAUUUAUCAAAAUGAUCUAUUUGGAACUAAUGGUGCAAAUGCAAUAAAAGAUGCGCUAAGUAAAAAUGGUUUAACAGUGGCUAAACUGGUGGUAUUUGAUAUUGAAACACUUAGUAUUGAAGGUAAAUUGAGCACUAUUUUAAUCGGUAGUUCAUCACGUAUUGUGGUGUUAUGGGCGAAUCCAAGUUAUACAGCUUUAAUUUUACAAAAUGCACUUGAUUCUAAUGUACUUGGUCCAAAAUUUACUUGGAUACUAAGUUCAAGUAUUCCAUUAAACUCUUUUGAUCCGAAAUUUUCUCAGCAAUUAAUUGGCAUGCUUACUGUAGAACCUGCAGUAGCAAGUAAUAUUGGUGCAUCAAUUAAUACAACAUUGUUAAAUGCAGCAUGUAACAUAUGGCAACAAUAUGAGAAUGAAACAUUUCCUGGAUUAACAAAUAUAGAUAAUUAUGCGUUAUUUGCAUUCGAUACCACUUGGUUAUUAAUUCAAGCAUUAGAACAACUUUGUUCAACAACAACUAAUAAUUCUCCUUCAUGUACAUCAUUUGUUGGUUCCCCAUUUUGUUUUUGUCGUCGUUUCUGCAACUCGAAUUCGUUAUUUGAUAUAAUUAAUAAUAUGACAUUUCUUGGUGUAUCAGGUUCUAUACAAUUCAGUGUUAAUACAACUGAUCGAAUAGGUGGUGCGUAUUAUUUUGCACAAAAUGCUCAAUCUGCUUCAAAUGAUACAGUUUUUAUGCCAGUAUUGACCUAUACUGAGAAUGGUGGUUGGCAAACAUAUGCAGGAACAAAUGUUAUUAUCUGGCCGGGUAAUUCAUUAAUAACUCCUGGUAGUGAUGCAUCACUUAAUGGUGUAACUUUACGAAUUGGUGUAAUUUCAUCACUUCCAUUCACAAUAGUUGAUACUAGAACAGGUUCAUCGGGACAGACUACACCACCGCUAACUGGUUAUGUACCUGAUCUUAUUACUCAAUUACAAACUGAUUUGGGAUUUAUUGCAGAUAUUCGAUUGGCACCAUUAAAUCUAACCUAUACUCAAAUAAUUCGAAAAGUAGCAAAUGGUGAUUAUGAUAUAGUAAUAGGUGAUGUGUCAGUUACUUCUGCAAGACGCAAGAUAGUUGGUUUUUCAGAAUCAAUAUUUGAUAAUUCUUUAUACAUUAUUAUGCGAAAUACUCCUGCUGUUAGUUUCGAUUUAUUUGGAUUCAUGAAACCAUUCUCACGUAAUCUUUGGUUAUUGAGCAUAGGUACUACUGCCAUUGCUUCUAUUAUAAUCUGUCUGUUAGAAAGAGAAACAAAUGAAGCAUUACAAAAUAAGUCAAUAAUUUCUAUAUAUGCAAUGAGUUGGUGGUAUUGUAUUGUAAAUAUUCUUGGAUAUGGUGUAGACUUUCACAUAAAGACAGCUGCUGGACGCUUAUUAACUCUUGGUAUAUACAUAUUAAGUAUUGUAUUAGUGGCAUCGUAUACUGCAAACUUAGCAUCUGCUCUAACAGUACAAAAAUCACAGUUUCCUAUUUCUGGAAUUGAUGAUAUCAAAGUUGGAAAGAUGCCGUCUAGUCGUAUUGGUAUUCGUGUAGGUACAGCUAGUCAAGACUUUUAUUUACAAAAAAUCUCUAAUGGCGUGUACAAUUUUUAUCAAUUACCACCAGCUAAACAAGCAACAUAUGAUGCUUUACUAUCAAACAACAUUGAUGCUUCUUUUAUCGAUAGUGGCAUUGGUAAAUAUGUGACGAAUAAUAUAUAUUGUAAUUUAACUUUAGUUGGUCAAUCUUUUGAUCAAGGUGUAUUUGGUAUUGUGACACCUUUAGAAUGGAACUAUGCACAAGCUUUAGAUAUAGAAAUACUGGCACUACGCAAAUCAGGUAUUCUUGAUACUUUACAACGAAAAUGGUUUCAAUCACAGAAUUGUCCUGUCUCUUCAACUAGUACAUCUACUGCAAUGGAUAUUCCAUCAAUGGGUGGACUGUUUAUAGUCUUUGCAGUGAUUAUUGCCCUAUCAUUACUAUUAUUUGCAUGGAAGCGAGGUAUAAAAUAUCGUUUAUAUUCAGUACCAUGUUGUAAUAAGUUCUUAGUCAAAAUGAAUCACUCUGUAACAAAACGUUCGAGUAAACCUUCUGAACCUGCAGAAAAAAAUCAAGUAUCACCGCACGAACUCAGACGGUUUUAA